AUGGCGCACGCGGCGCGGCCAUUGGGUGGGCAGCCGCGGAACCCUAGCCCCGCGCCGGCUCGGCUGCGGGCGGCGGCGGAGGAUGCUGGCCUCCGCGACGCGCCACCGAGGGCUGCGAAGAAGGAUACGGCUUGUCCAACUUGUGGUGAUAGAAUUGGUUCAGAGAAUGUAAUACGUUGUCAGUGCAAGAAAUCUCCAGAGCAUGAAAAGCAUGAAGUCUAUCAUGCCAAUGAUGCAAUGCUUGAGGCAAAGGGAUUUUCAAGGCCAAAUUCUUCACGUAAGAAGAGGAUGCACAAAUCUCCUGGCGGUACAUAUUCAAAACCUGAUGCAAGAGUAAAGAUAAUUCCUGCAGAAGAAAUUACAUACGUACGGCAUGGAAAACUAUAUGGUAAAACUGUUGGCUCAGCUGGAUUACAGAAAAGGCAUUGUAGACGAAGUGUCACCCCCCCUCCAAGUUCACGGAAGGUGUCUCUUGUGACACCUACAGUGGCCAAUCAGAAACCUACAACACCAGUCUCGCCUGCUGCUUCAUGUAUCUCUUGGCCUGAGAGAGCUGAAAAUGGUCACUCAGUUGCUACACCAUGUCUCUCUCCUAACUGGACUGGGACAACUGAGAAUUGUCGAUCACUUGAUACCGCAUGUAUCUCUCCUAACUGGCCUGGGACAGCUGAAAAUGGUCACUCGCUUGUUGGUGGCUAUAUGACAAAUUCCCUUACAACACAAAUAGCCUCUCUUUUAAAGCGUCCAUCACCAAUCUGUAGGGCAGUUCUUUCACAGCCUUCUGGGACAUCUCUUAGAACUGAAGCUACUGCUCCCAAGAAUCUUAGCAGAUCAGAUAGUAGAGAAGCAUUUGUCAAGAGUUGCAGUUCACGUGCUUUGCAUUGUCGAGGCCAGAGCAGCACAGUACCUCCAUCUGGUUUGCAAAAGGAGGCUGUGAUAAAUCCUCUCUCUUCUAGUCCUGCACAUGUGCUUGCUGCACAUUCAACUAUAGUUUCUCCUGGUACAAAUGCAGAACCUUCUACGGAGAGUUUUUGCGCACCUGGCAAUGAGAACUCCCCUACGAACUGUAAUUUGGGCACAUUACAAUGUCAAGGCACAAGAACUGCUGUGGCUCCUUCGGUGCAAAAAACACUAACCAUGGAACCUGUACCAAGCCCGAAAUCUGUGCUUAGUGAAAAGCCCAAUGAGGCAUGUCCUGAUACUGCUUCAAGGCCUCCUUCUAGACCAAAUUUAUUUGAUGGAAAAUGCAUGUUAGGCUCACUGCAAAGUGAAGCAAUCAUUCCUCCAACACAGAGUCCACAGUCUACAUCUCAUGCACGAUGUGUUGAAUUGUCUGAGGAUUUUGAAGCAGUUCCAUCUACUAAGAGCCAUAUCAGUACUGAAAAACAAACAAACCAGGAGACACCAAUCACUUGUAAUGUAUCUUCGGAUACCCCAGUAAUUUUACAUACAAAGCUGCACAAGAAGCAUUACCAACCAGAAGCCUGCUGGAAGGGUAAAUUUGAAGUGACUGGAGAGCUAACACACAUCUGUGAUGGACUUGAAGCCCAUUUCCCUUUUGAAAUUUCUGUCAAAGUAUAUGAAGCUUCAAAACUAAUGCCUGAAGUCUUAAAACUAGAGGCUAUACCUCUUUCUCAUCUGUGGCCAAAAACAUUCAAGAUGAAACCUCCAGAAGGACAGGAUAUUGGACUGUGCUUCAUUAGCUCUCCUCAAAGACCAAAUGGGAAUUCUGAUCAUCUCCUGAAAAAUAUUUCUUCUCAUAUUGGGUUACGAACCAAGAUUGGUGCUGCUGAGUUGCUGAUAUUCUCAUCCAAAUUGCUUACCCAAGAAUAUCAAAGAAAAUGUGGUCAGUGCUACUUUUGGGGUGUUUUCCGAGAGCUGCACAGAUCCAGGCAUUCUCUUGAUGUCCCCCCUGGUUUCACAAAAGCUAACCGUCUCCCUCAUACAGGGGAAACUACUGAACCUUGCAUAGAUCCUUCUGGCAGCAAGGCUUUGGACAGCCCUCCAGGAUUUCCUCUUGAUAUUCCUCCAGGCUUUACUGAAGCCCAGCGUCAACCCAUAGUAAUCCCUGGAUUUACUAAACUGCUUGAGGUGAAACAAGAGCCUGGGUUGCCGCCAUCGGAGAACAUAGCAUCAACUGGAAAAGCAAAUGAAAUUAAAAGUAAGCAUGAUGAGGUACAACAUGGUUCCCAUCCUAGAUAUUUUAGUAAUCCCAUCCUUUCUAAUUAUCUUUACUUUCGUUUUUCUAAUACUACAUUUUAUUGCCCUUUAACCAUUGCCAAUUUGCCUGGUAUCACAUUCCAGUUCGCUGCUGACAGGCAGAAAACUAUACUCCCUGAUUUUUGUGCAAAACAUGAUGAAAAUGGUAUCAGAUUUUCUCCUACAUGAAAUGUUCUCUUGCCAGAUCUUGAUUUGCCCGACAAUAUUUUUCUUGCUGUUUCAUUGAUUGAACACUUAAAAAUCCUUUUGAUCCCUUGUAAUAUUUGUUUCUGGCUUUCAAUCAAGCAGAGUAUCAUUUUGUUGUUUGCGGUAUCAAUCGUUAGCAUAUUUUGCUUAAAACAUAUCGUGGUAAAAAUAUUUUCCAGUAACUUUGAGAAGAAUGUUAUCAGCAAAUGCAUCAGAAAUAAGCGUGUUUAUGCAAUUUAAGUAAAUAUGAAGUUAUAGGCUUACUUCCCAAUGCCUUUUUGUUUGUGCAUAGAGUUUCCAAUGAUCUUCUGUGUUUGCGCCUUCCCAAUGUAUUGACUUUCUUUCCAUCUGAACAAUGUAUUAAUCUCACUUGUGCUUAGCUGAUAUUCCCUCCGUUUCAUAAUAUAAGAUAUUUGACUUUUUUAUUGACUAUUUGUCUUAUUUAAAAAUUAUAGAAAUAUCAUUUAUUUUGCUUGUGACUUAGGCCGCGUUCGGCACCAGCAGUAAGAUAUCUAACUCCUCUUUUUUCCACACGCAUGU